ACACACAGAUCCACAAUGCCGCGCCUCCUCCUGUUGCGGAGGCUCCCGCGCUGCUCUGCGUCCUCCCUCACCUCCAUCCCCUCCAUCCCCUUGUUCUCAUCCACAUCCUCUACUCCUUGUUUAUCAUCCUUGCAAGCUUCCUUCUCUUCAGCUUCUUCUACGUCAACUGCGUUGCCACCUCGGUCCGUUGCUCCAUCAGGAAUGAAGAUCGCCGCAGCAACCAGUCGGUGGGGCUCAGAACUUUCGAGGAGCGUCAAUGCGAUCAACUUUUUCCAGCCCUCCAUAGGAAUGAGCAUGUGCAAGUUCUUAAGCGUCUCUGCCUCUGCAGCAGCUGAAAAUUCCAUGGAAGGAACCUCAGCUGAUGAAAAGCCCAAACCUCGAGCCAGAAGACCUCGCAAGGCUGUGCUGACCCUCACCGAACGUGCCAAAGAGCGUCUUGCCGAACUUAUGGCCAGCAAAAGCCCUUCUCCGGCCGGAGUCAGGCUGGGUGUGAGAACACGCGGGUGCAAUGGGUUGUCAUAUACUAUGAACUAUGUGGACGAGCCACCUAAACUUGAUGAUGUUGUGGAGGCUGGAGACAAUAUCAAAGUGUAUGUUGAUCCCAAGGCAGUCAUGUAUCUUCUUGGCUCCGUGAUGGACUUCGUGGAGGACACAGUUCGUGCUGAGUUUGUAUUCCAAAACCCGAACGCGAAGGGAUCGUGUGGAUGCGGCGAAAGCUUCAAUGUGUAAACAAUCAGGAGCUGCAGACUUUGCGAAUAAAGAAUGUAUUUUAUUA